CAGGACACAGGAGUCAGGCACCGGAUUUUCCAGAAGCAAACCACCAUAGAGCAGAGGAAGAGCCCAGAACUGCAAAACCCCAUGAAAACAGAAAAACGAUAGCGGCGGCCGCCGGAGAACAUGGUGCGUGAACUACCCGCCGCCGGGGCAGCCCGAGGACCCCACCUCGCCGCCGUCGGUCGCGGGCUCCUCCUCGCGGCCCUCCUCGUGGCUGCUGCCUCCUUCCUCCCAGUAGCCGAGUCGUCCUGCCCGCGAGACAACUCACUGGUGAGAGACAUAAGCCGCAUGCAGCAGAGCAACUAUGGGAGGGAAGGAUUCUCGCAUAUAACUGUCGCUGGUGCGCUUGCUCACGGGAUGAAGGAGGUUGAAGUGUGGCUUCAGACAUUUCGUCCAGGUCAAAGGACCCCAAUCCACAGGCAUUCUUGUGAAGAGGUUUUCAUUGUCCUCAAAGGGAAAGGCACGCUCUUACUAGGGUCGAGCUCGCUGAAGUACCCAGGGCAGCCGCAGGAAGUUCCUGUCUUUCAGAAUACCACAUUUUCGGUCCCUGUAAAUGAUCCGCAUCAGGUCUGGAAUUCUGAUGAGCACGAAGAUUUGCAAGUUCUUGUGACCAUAUCGCGCCCACCCGUCAAGAUAUUUAUAUACGAUGAUUGGAGUAUGCCUCAUACAGCUGCGAAGCUGAAAUUCCCCUACUUCUGGGACGAGGACUGCUUGACAGCACCAAAAGAUGAACUCUAGGUUAAGUGGUUCCUGCAAUUUAUCAGCUUCAUCCACGAUCCUGGUGAACUACGAUUCACAUCUACAAGUCGUAAUCCAUUAGUGUACUUUCAUGUGUAGUUUUGUGUUGUGACUCAGGGAAAUACAUUUUGGCAAUGUUUAUAAAAUUAAGCACUUAUGGAGUUGAGCCACCGAGGUUUAUAUUCUAGAUUUUUGAACCAGUAUUGAUUUAAACUUCCAGAGUUCUUUGCAUAA